GCACGCGGCCGACGACGACGACGGCGACGCCGCGAAUCGAUGCCAGUGGGCCGCUGCCAUGUUCUGCCCCAGCCGCCUCGGGUCGCCGCGACGCUACCAGCGCGUCCACGACGACGCCGACAGCGACGUCGCCACCAGACUGUGCUCGCUGACGCUUACGAGGCUGGUGGUGCUGAAGCCCCUGGGGGCCGACCUCAGCUCCAUCAUCAUCGCCGUCAAGAUGCAGAGUUCCAAACGGACGCUGCGUUCCAACGAAAUGCUCCUGCCGCCCAAUGGCCUUCUGGACACGGAACUCGAGCUCAACUUCUCGCUUCAGUACCCACAUUUCCUGAAGCAAGAUGGGAACAAAUUGCACGUUAUGCUGCAGCGGCGGAAACGCUACAAAAACCGGACCAUCUUGGGCUACAAGACUCUAGCAGAGGGUAUCAUCAAUAUGUCGCAGGUUUUGCAACGGCAAAUGGACCUGGAACUCGAUCUAGUGAGUGAAAGUAAGGACAAAUCUGUCCUCAGCAGUAUUGUUGCACGUGUUUCCGUGCAAGCAGUCUGCAGCCAACCUGUUGACCACGAGGAUUCAGCUAAACAUGCAGAGGCACCAGAACGUGGUGUGGCAGACUUUUCUGAUGAGGAAGAUGACUUCAGUAGUAAUGAAGAUGAUGCCUCAGAUUCUGAACCGACAGCUGAAGAUGCAAUGGCAAGAAGGGCUCGUAAAGCAGCUAGAGCAAAAAUUCCAGCAAAUGCCAGGCAACGUAACUUGAAGCAGAAAUUUAUUGCUCUGUUGAAGAGGUUCAGAGUUACUGAAGACCUUCAAGGCCUUGACAAUGACCAAGUGGAAAUAGGACAGAAGCUACAUGGUGGUGACAUGGAUCCAACAGAGAUUGAGGAUUUAUUCGAAGAACUGGAAGAUCUCAGUGACUCUGGUCCUGAAAUGGACACAAUGAGUAUUUCUUCUACACCAAAACCUUCUCUUCGCCCUUUCUUCUCGAGCAGCCGCUCACUGUUGCAAGACACACUGCACGUUCCAGGUGGCCAACAAGGCUACUCUCGCAUCAGGACCCACGCACAACCACCUUACCGCACAGAGAAAGGGCAGGAUCGCAUGAGUGAUGAAAGUUCCAAGAAAGCAGAUUCAGAUUCACAUCCUGAGAAUUGGACUGAUCAUGAACAAAGUGAUCCACAGCAGAUGGCAUCCUCUCCUCCCAAAGGAUCAGAUGAAAAUAAAAAGGAUGGAGCUGAGAGAGAGAGGAAAACACGUUUAUUUGCUCGUGAUCGGAAUUCGUCUGGAGGUAAAAACAAAAAGUCUCUUAGUCUUGAACAACGAUCUGCUACAGCUACUACCCCUAGUCCUGUUCAAGGUGACAGUACUCUUCAUGAGCCACGGAAGCUAUUACUAGAGCAGUUGUCACGUGUUUUACCACCUGAUGAUACAAUACCAGAUACUGUGGCUCUUGUUAAUGGCUGUGAUCCUCAGGGUACCUUGCUUGCUUCCCGUCUACAGGAACUGCGUCAACAGAAAGUUGUUAGCACGAUGGGACCAGCAGAUGUGCGUGCUACUGUUACAUGUCUCGUCAGCAAAAUUCAAAAGUUCUGUAACAGCAAUGCAAAACCACCUCCUCCUAUUAAAGUUUUGCUUGCUGGUUCUGACAGUUUUGUGAAUUCAGUAUUAAGGCUCUAUGUGGACCAGCUGUCCUUGAAGCCGCCUGACUGGCAGAACUACAUCAAAUUCCUCAUAGUUCCUUUAGGCAACAACACAUUAGCUCGGUAUCUGGGAUCUUUGGAUGCCGUAUAUGCCUCUGCAUUCACAGUGGAUAGCUGGAAGGAACUUUUAGAACAUGCAGAGCUACAAAAGACUGACUGCCAAGAAAUGCUCAAUAGGGUUCAUCGUUAUCUGCAUAAUGCGAGUGCCAUUCUUCAACUGCCAAUUGCUGAAGCGAUGAUAACUUAUAAAGAGAAAAGCUCAGACGAUGAAUCUUCUCAAAUAUUUAUACCUUUCAUCAACGAUGUGCGGCUGGGACCAAUGGAUGGAACAUCAUCUGCUUCGAUGGACUUGGAUGAAAAUAUGCAGCCACAAGUAGUGUCUGGCUCACCCCCUUCGCUCGCUUCAGUACCUGAAAGGAAAGAGCGCAUCACCCCUCCUAGCUCACCUAACAUCAACAACUUCUCCAUGGGGCAAUCCAAGGAUCAUCAGCUGUUGCUGCAAACACAGCAACAGCAGCCACAAACCCAGCAACAAACACAGCAGCAAUUUCUAGUGCAGCAACAGCAGCAGCAACAACAACAACAACAGCAGCAGCAGCAGCAGCAGCAACAACAACAACAGUUGCAACAGCAGCAGCAACAGCAGCAGCAGCAGCAGCAGCAGCAAUCUUCAGUAUUACAACAACAACUGCCUCAGCAACAACAAUUUCAGCAGACACUUCAGGAACCAAUGGAACUACAGUUAGAUUUCUGGCUGGGUGCUGUCUUGAGUGGGAAAGCUACAGAUUUUACACAGCCCCAAGGUAAAGGAAAGGGUGACUCAACAAAAUCAACACUGAAGAUGACGUUUCGUAAUCUUCAAGUUCAGCGACUUCCAUCAGCUGGUGAACAUCCAAACCAGUACUUCAUUAUGAGCUAUUCCACCAAAGAGAAGAAACAAAAAAUUAUGAGACUUGGGAAGAAGAAGGAGAAAGAAAAAGAAAGUGAAGCAAAGAGUCAGAUGGUUGAUGGUGUAUCGAGACUCAUCUGUUCAGCAAAAACGCACAACAUUCCACUGAAAGUAUGUAUUGAUGGUACAGAAUGGUCAGCAGUGAAAUUUUUUCAACUGUCAGCACAGUGGCAAACGCACAUCAAGCAUUUUCCAGUUACUCUGUUUAACUUCCCAGAGCCUGCUCUGUAACAUCACAGACACAAGGGCACAGGCAAUAUUGGUUCCUGUUUGUACCACAUGUUUUGAAUAUAUCACUUGUCUUUUGUGACUAUUAAUAACAGGCUGUAUGUGUGUGUGUGUGUGUGUGUGUGUGUGUUACAGAGAGAGAGAGAGAGAGAGAGAGAGAGAGAGAGAGAGAGAGAGAGAGAUUGCAUGAGCAUCUGCAAUAAUUUUGUGGUUCAUAAGGCUUUCAUUUGCAUAAUUGUGCUGUUUGUAUAAUGAUGGAGAUGAGAGUGUCAGAGUUCAUAUGUAAAUCAUUUAUACACAUCACUAAAACAUUUGUCAUGUGCCAAUCAAAUAUAAUACUAUUCUCAGUAUUUUACAAAGUGACUAAAGAAUAUCAAUGACAAUAUUUCUUUUAUCCACAUUUUUUGAGGAAUACAUGGUGUAUCAUAUACAGACUGCUAAUAAUACAUAAACUAAUACACAUUUUGGUAUAUGUGGUACCAAAACAUAUUAGAACUGUUGUUAUUAUUGCACAUUUGUCUUUGUGUAUUGAUGUUUAUAAACCGAGGCCAAAAAGAUCUGAUGUUAUUAGUUCUUUGGAAAAGUUAAUAUUCAAAGCCAAGUUUCUGUGUUUGAUUUCAUUGUGGUGAUUUGAUCUGUGAAUUGCUAUUAUUUAUUACAAAAACUUUAACUGAGCAAUACUGCAAGCCAGACUUAUUGGUACACAUUUUUAUAAGGAGCACAGAGUCUGUGUUGUGCACUUUGUCAGCUGAAUCUUCUUACUGUACGUGUGCGUGCUCUUGAAGAGUUAUCAGUGUGAUGUUGAUAAUUAUGUUGUCAUUAUUUAUAUUCUCCCUUGUAAAUAUUUCAUUUGAUGUGAUUAAGAUUUGUAAAUUGUAAAUAUAAUUGUUGAUACAACUGGUACAAACAGUGGAACAUGAACUAGUCAUGGGAGAAAAUACAAUAAACCUGUGCUUAUUACACAAGUGAACCAACUUGUGUUCAGCAGAAUCAAGACUUGCCAGUUCCUGACAUAACUGUUGUGCAGUGCAGUCAAAUGUUAGGAAAUUAUACUACUGUAUUUAUUACUCUGAUGUGUUUUUUUAUUGUAAAGCUACUUUGUAUUUAAUACACACGGAUCUGAUUUUGUCGCAAAUAGUUAAAGAAUUGUGGUUUGUACAUAAAAACCAAAUAAAUGUACUGAAGUAUUAUGUAUCUAUUGCAAUGUGCCAUAUUGCUCUAAAAGUACAGUCAUAAUUAAAUUAUGUUAAGGAAGUGUGA